GACAGGUGUGAUUGCUGCGAAAUCGGUCAGGUAUUAUUGAUAUUUUAUGUGUGUUAUUCGAUCAAAAUCAACCUCAACGCCUUUAAUACAGCACAAUAACGUCAAGCUUUUAAAAUCAGCGUAGUUUUUUUACUUCACCACAUACAUUUUUGACAGUGUAAAAACUACAACACAUACACAAUUAGCUUUUAAAACCAUCAGACUUGAUAAAUAAAUGACUAAUAAAUAUUAGUAACGUCCCGAACAAUCGACCGCCGUCUCGUUUAAGUGUCUUCAAUCCUACAGAGAUGAAAUCAGAGGCUUCUCAUGAGAUUGUUGUUUUCUGAGGCGAGUAAUAUAAGGGCGGGAAUGCCUGAGUGAGGGAGUGAAACUUCUCUCACCGGAACCACGAGCAGGAAAGGCUGGAAAAGCGGAAAUAAACAACAGUCGCGUUAUAUGCAGAAGAGGAACUGAUAAUAUGAGUGUGUAAUCCGCACUGCAGUGUGUGUGUGAGGAUGUGGAUUACUCCUGAAGAAGUUGUGCUGAAAAACGCUCUUAAACUUUGGGUGACACAGAAAUCCAACGAUUAUUUCCUCCUCCAACACCGCAGAGGACAUGGAGACACCGGGGGGAAAAUCACAGGUUUGCUGGUGGGGGCGUUGGACACCGUGUUGGACUCAAAUGCUCGAGUGGCCCCAUUCCGGAUUGUUCUGCAUGUGCCCGGGUCACAGGUCAGCUGGGUCAUCGCCAGUGGUGUCACACUAGAGGAGGUGUUGAGACACUGGAAAUGGCUCGAUCAAAACUUAAUGCCGUACAUGUCGGUGUUUGAGAAUAAAGAAGACGCUUCCAGUUUUGUACUGGGCAAAGUGAAGGGUUUAAUCGCUGAGGAGGUUCUGGGCGGUCAGGCGGCACGCGAGGAUGACCCGGCCCGGUUCCGUGAAGAUCUGGUGCGGUUCGAGCAGCGCUUCGGGCUGCCUCAGCGAGAGAAACUGGUGACGCAUUACUCCUGCUGCUGCUGGAAGGGACACGUGCCACGCCAGGGCUCGCUGUACCUCACCACCAAUCACAUCGCUUUCUACUCAUUCCUGCUGGGCAAAGAGGUGAAGCUGUUAGUUGCAUGGGCUGAAGUGAUGCGACUGGAGCGUGUGUCGGUGGGUUUACUGACGGAUGUGAUCCGUGUGCACACGAGACAGAAGCAGAGGGAUUUCUCCAUGUUUAUGAAUGUAGAUGAGGUCAUGAAGGUCAUGUGUCAGCUGACUGACAUCGCUCUGCGCAGACUGCUGGACAGCGGCGGACUCACUCUCGACCAAUCACUGCAGGACUGCACAAACAUCACCAAGAGGGUUUUGGAGGAACAGAUGCUCAGGCAAUAUGUGCUCUCUCUCUUUGGCUUGCCACGGGCUGAGCGUCUACAGGAAGUGAUGUCAUGCUCCGUUUGGACACCUCAUGCUCGCUGUCACACGCCGGGAACCCUGUACACCACUGACGGGUAUUUGUGCUUCAGCAGCCGCGAGGAGGGGCAGUGCACGCUCAUUAUACCACUAGAAGAGAUGCUGUGCAUUGAGAAGGCGGAGAGCACGAGCUCAUUGCCGAACCCCGUGAUCAUCAGCUUGCGAUGCAAGCGAGCGUUUCAGCUGAUCGAACUGCAGCGCCGUGAUGAGUUGGUGGAGAAUGUCCGAGAGCGACAGCGCGCGCUGCACUGGAAACACGGCAUGAUACACGACCAACGCAAGAAAUCCACGAUCUCUACCACACCGUACUACACCUUCUGUUACGACACCGUCCAAUCAGAUGACGAGGACAACAGCGUCAUCACUGAUAAAGCUCUACGUCACACGGUCCGCACAGACAUGCUCAUUACCACAUUCCAUCCCAGCCAAUCAGACUCCAGCAACAACAUGUGUAACACAGAGCAUGUUAAAGAGCGUUUAUGGGAGGAUCAUUUCGCAGAGUUCGGUCGUGGGGUUCACAUGUUCCGCACCGAUAAAAUCGGAAAGCUGGUGACACUGGGAAUACCAGAAUCGCUGCGGGGAGAACUGUGGCUCAAUUUCUCAGAUGCGUGCUCGUCGCUGGCCGCUCAUCCAAACUAUUACGCUGAUCUGCUGGAAAGAUGCCGAGGAGAGACGAACAUCGCCACAGAGGAAAUAGAGCGAGAUCUUCAUCGCUCGCUGCCGGAGCAUCCUGCCUUCCAGAACGAGACGGGCAUCGGUGCCCUCCGCAGAGUCCUCACUGCUUACGCCCACCGCAACCCCACUAUCGGCUACUGUCAGUCCAUGAAUAUCUUGGCGUCCGUGUUGCUGUUGUACACUAAAGAGGAAGAAGCGUUCUGGCUGCUGGUCACUGUGUGUGAGAGGAUGCUACCCGACUACUUCAACCGCAGAGUCAUCGGUGCUCAGGUGGAUCAGUCUGUGUUUGAGGAGCUGAUUCGUGAGCGUUUGCCGGAGCUCACUGAACGCAUUCCCGAUGUCUGCUCACUGGCAUCUGUGUCUCUCACAUGGUUCCUCACACUGUUCCUGAGCGUUCUGCCGUUCCGCAGCGCGUUGUGUGUCCUCGACGGCUUCUUCUAUCACGGCAUCAAAUCGAUCUUCCAGAUCAGUCUGGCGGUGCUGGACGUGAAUGCAGGAGAGCUGUGCACGUGUACUGAUGAUGGACAAGCCCUCAUGAUACUCACCAGUUUUCUGGAGCAGGUCACACAUGAGGAGGAGACACAUGAUUGUGCUGAUGAUUCAGGAUCUUCUCCACGUGUACAAAUCACAACAUUGAUCACUGACGCUUACGAGAAAUUUGGUUCUCUGACAGUGAAGCAUGUGGAGAUGUUGCGCUGCAGGCAUCGCAUUCAAGUGCUGCAGGCGCAUGAAGACACCACCAAAGACAACGCGUUGCGAUUGGUCACUCCAGAUGUGACACUCUCACAGGAAAACCUGUCUGACCUCUACGACCUCUUCAAGACGGAGCACUUCAUCAGUAUAUAUUGGGGUGACGGUGUGUGUUCGUCUCCUCCUCCUGCGGCUGCAGGCCUCUGUGCAGAGCGUUACUUUGUGGAUCGAGCUCAGUUUAAGAGUCUGUAUGAGCUGCUCGUUCCAUUUCUAUGCGGCUCACACACUGAUACAGUCGCUCAACGCACCUUCACACUGCUGGACCACGACAGAGACAAUCUCAUCAACUUCUCACAGUUCACUCACUGGCUGGAUAUUCUGUACUGUGAGGAGUUGAAUGAGAGGAUCCGGCUGCUCUAUCGACUGCACAUCCCACCAGCCAUGACUGAACAUGAUGAGGACUCGUCUCUGCUGAAGAGUCCAGUAUUGUCCAGCAGUAGACCGCUCUGUGUCGACCUGCCAAACGGUGAGAGGACAAGUUAUGAAGAUCAGCUAAAGCAGAUGCUGCAAGAUUUGACCAGAAAAGAGAAGUAUGAGGAGAAACAUCUCCCACAUAUGAAUCAGCGUGAGUUUAUUCAGUUCUGUAAGACGCUCUACAGCAUGUUUCAAGGCGACCCGAGUGAAGCCGAGCUCUUCCAGGCCAUCGGGAUGGUUGCAAGUCUCGUGCUGCAGAUCGGAGAGGCGCGACACCGUGGCCAGCUGUCAACGGAACAAGAAGCGGCGGAUGGAGCAUCAGGCCACACCCACCCUGCUGUGAUUGGUGGAGAAGCCAGUGAGUCAGAUGGAGAUUGGUCAGUGAGCUUUGAACAGAUUCUGGCCUCUUUACUAACGGAGCAGGUGCUGGUGAACUUCCUAGAGCGACCUGUCGAUCUGAGCUCCAAAAUCACCGCUGCAAAAACACGGCAGUAUCACGAGCGCGCCGGUCUGCUCAUGAUCCAGCAUGAGGCAGUCAGAUGAUGAAACACACGAGCUGCGUUCAACAAUAUACCAAAUUCAUUUCUACAUUUGUGGACGGCGGUUGGUGAAGUUCGCAUUCGAUCGUGAUAAGAUGUAGUGGACCACACGAGUCACAGAACUGAUAUGACUCCUCAAAGACCUCUGGGGUGAGCUGGACUCCCCUACGAAUCACCGUUCAUGCCACUGAUUCAGCGCCUUAAUCUCCAGCGUGACUUAAUGUAGCCUGAAUCUUUUGAGCCACAGAACGGCCUUAAAUGUUGUUUUAGACAAAAAUGUCCUCAGUACAGCGUACUACGGUGCCCCAUAGAGGACAGGAAGGGAAUUUAAGUUCUGAAACAGUUUUGUAUUCCUUUGCGAUUGUUUUAAAAUGAGUGAAACCAUAGCAACCACAAUAUUUACCAUGGUUUUACUACAGUAACCUUAUUUUAACCAUGACAUUAGCAGAGCGACCGCAGGAAUAGAAUGGUAAACAAACAUGGUUGCCAUGGUUUUACUAUGAUGACAUCAUGGUUAAUGUUUGGUUUAAAACAAUUAACCAUGGUUGCAAUGUAGCAGCUUGCAGUAAACAAAACAUGUUAUAUAUUCCACAAAUAAUGACUGUGAUGUUCAUUACGUUACUACGGUUUUACCACAAAUAUCAUGAUUAAAAUGUGGGUACUGUAGUAAACCAUGGCCAUUUCUCAUAAGGGAUGGAUAAAGGCCUUGUGACUGUCCUCUGAGGGGCGCUGUAACAUUGUCAUCUUUAACAUUAUGUGAAAUUCUGUCUUAAGCUGCAUUAAAAGCUUGUGUUUGUUCAAUGAAUCAGUAUUCAAAUACAAAGACUGAAGUCUCAUGCCUGGAUCACUCGAGGGAUUCACCGUAAACAUGGAAAUGUUUGUGUAUGGUUCCCAUUUUAUUAUGAGGAGGAAACCGAUUCUUAAUGUUCUAGCAAUGUUUGUUUUCUUGUUGCCUUUUAAAAAGGAUAUCAACGACACCGUCUGAUCAAUCCGAUCUAGACUCAUCACUUGCAUAAAGAAUACAUGACAGAUCCAAUCAAUGUUUGCGAUGAUCCAAUCACAGCUGCAGUUUUAUUUUAAACAGUAGAGCUUUGUGAAGUUAACUAUCGUAACUCCUGCAAACAUACUGUAACUAUGAUCUGUAGUGCCUUAAACACAAUAACCCAUUGCAAUAUUCAUGAGUGUGUGUGAACUGAAGGGACUGACUGAUCGUUUGUCACCAUCUUUUAUAAAUGGGCCGUUUGCCUCCAGACAGGUGCUGAUAAGGACCGUGUUUAAGAUUUUAAGAUUGGGUUUGAUUGGCUGUAAAUCCGCUGUCGUAGACAUGUAAAUAAUGCCGCAU